GGAGGAAAGGGCGGUCAUUUGGGGUUGUAUAAGAAAGAGCAAAGCCAGAGCGCAAGAAAGGGGGGAUAUGGAGCAAACACUAUGGGGUCAUUUGCCCUUACUGGUUAGGUCCAACUCUAAAGAAUCAGUUGAGUACAUUCUUCAAGCCCUCUGGAGGACCCGUAAGACUGGCCUCGACGCCGCCGACCGCCACGUCAUCCGCGACAUCCUUCAGCUUCAAAACGACUCCGACCUCGACCCACUUUUGGUAUGCCUCAGGACUUUGAUUCGAAGGUGUGUUUAUGAGAAUAUUAGCAAGGAUGAGAUUCAGAAGCUUUUUCCCAGUGAGGUACUUCCUGAAUUGCAAAGACUAUUGACGCUUUUGUUGCAGAAAUUUCAAAAAGAAUGGCGUGAAGAGGUUCUCAAGGACCAGGUUGUUUUGCCUCGGUUAAAAGCAAUGACAUGGGACAUGGGGAACCAUGAGUCCACAGAAGUGGCAGACCCUGUGGCUGUUAUCAAUUUGAAGCUCCAAAAUGACGCCAAAUCUCAGCCAGGAGAAUCAGACGUGAAGUUCCGAUUGGCCAAAGAUACUUUAGAUACAAUGCUGAGAUCCAUGUACUGUAUAAGAGAUCAGUUGUCUAACAUGGAUGAAACAUCAAACCUGCAUUCACCACAAGAAACCAAUACAGUGUAGUUUACCAGCAUAAUUCACAUUGGAAGAUUCAAUGGUGCGGCCUUCAUAUCAGAAAGAAAAAGAUUUGGUGUUACCUUGUUCAAGAGGCUUCAUUUGAGCUGCAAAGCUGGGUUCAACUGAAGUUGACAGAUAACCGGAGGACUUUGCUCCAUUCAAUACUCAUGGCUGAUCAUGAACAAUGACUUAUGAUUGACUCCAGAGAACGCGUAUGGAGAAUUUUAUUCCAUGUAAAUUAGUCUUGCUUAUCUAUAAUAGAAAGUAUGAAAGCAACUUUUUUGCUUAUAGAUUUAAAUUUCUAUCAUGAGGAAGGUAAUUACGUCUUUCAUAAUGACAUGUCAAAGUAUUUAUUAGAGAACCCUUGAUUUUUCUACAUAUUUCUGCUUGCUAGCAUAAGAAUAAAUUGAAAUG